CUUGUUCUUCUCUGGGUUUUUUAGUGCAUGAGAUUAUAUAUUAUUUUUGGUAAUCAUAACAUGUUAAAUCACAAUUGACUAUCUGUUUAUUUAUUCGAAAAUCAGGUUGCUUUAGUUUGUUUCAUCCGAUUCUGGUCUUAUACACUUUGAAAUUUCUCUAAUUUGUUUCGUUAUAUUCAUUUUGUUGUUUGGUCAAAAGUCUCUGCUUUUCCAUUUUUCAGGUUUUUUUUUUUGAAUAGCUUGUGAGAGCCUGAGACGAAGGAGUUUGGUGUAGACAUCAUCCUCUUGUGGUUUGUUCGUAUUUGCUGGAAAAAAAAAUGGAGGUUGUGGCGAAGAGUAACUCGAAACGUAUGUAUUCAUGGUGGUGGGAUAGUCACAAUACCCCCAAGAAUUCCAAAUGGCUUCAGGAGAAUCUUGCAGAUAUGGAUAGUAAUGUGAAGAAGAUGAUCAAGGUUCUUGAAGAAGAUGCGGAUUCAUUUGCCAGGCGAGCAGAGAUGUAUUACCGUAAGCGUCCUGAACUUCUGAAACUGGUUGAAGAGUUCUAUCGUGCGUACCGCGCAUUAGCCGAACGGUAUAAUCAUGCAACCGGCGUACUCCAUCAGGCUCACCAGACUAUAGCAGAAGCGUUCCCAAACCAAGUUCCCUUGAUAUUUGGUGACGAGUCACAUGUUGGUGCUUUGACAAAUGACGUUUAUCCACAAACACCGGAGAUGCCUCCUCCUAUCCGAGCUCGUGUUGACUCGGACGAGCUGCAAAAAGGUGCUCUUGGGUUGACUUUACCUCACUUUAGUGAAGAACCUCCGUUUAUGAGUAAUGGCAAAGUAAGAAAAGGACUGAAUUUUAAUGAUGGGGAUGGGAAAGGAAGAGAUGUUCCCAAGGCCCAAAUUCUUUCGGAAUCUGAACGAGCUAGCAAAGCUGAGGCUGAAGUUGUGGCUUUGAAAGAUUCCCUUUCUAAGAUGGAGGCUGAGAAAGAAGCUAGCUUAGCUCAGUUUGACAAGAACUUGGAGAGACUCUCGAAUCUAGAAUCCGAAAUAUCUCGUGCGCAAGAGGAUUCAAGGAGACUUAAUGACAGAGCCGCAAGCGCAGAAGCUGAGAUCCAAACACUCAGAGAAACCAUUGACAAGAUAGAAUCUGAAAAGGAAUCCAGCCUUCUUGGUUAUCAGCAAUGCCUGCAAAAGAUAGCUCUUUUGGAAGAUGAAAUAAGUGAGCGAGCCAGCGAAGUUGAAGCUGAAACUCUCGCCUUGAAGCAGAGCCUUGCGAAAGCUGAAACUGACAAGGAAGCCGCUCUUGUCCAAUACAGGCAAUGCUUGAAAACAAUAUCUAAUGUAGAAGAGAGACUGAGGAAGGCUGAGGAAGAUGCAAGGCUUACCAAUGAGCGUGCUGAAAAUGCUGGGGUAGAAGUUGAAAACUUGAAGCAAAAAAUCUCGAAACUGGUCGAGGAUAAGGAAGCUUCUGAAGUUAAAUACCAGCAGUGCCUUAAUAUAAUUGCGGAGCUGAAACUCAAACUGUACCAUGCUCAAGAAGAAACCCAAAGGCUUAGCAGCGAGUUAGAGGAUGAAGUUGCUAAGUUAAAGUUUUCUGAGGAGAAAUGUAGUGUGCUUGAGAGAUCAAAUCAGAAUCUUCACUCUGAGCUGGAUGGUCUCCUGGAGAAACUGGGGAGUCAAAGUCAGAAGCUCACUGAGAAGCAAACAGAGCUGGUCAAAUUGUGGAGUAGUGUACAAGAAGAGCAUUUGCGUUUCCAGGAAGCCGAGACCGCGUUUCAAACCCUACAGCAAUUGCACUCUCAGUCUCAAGAGGAGCUAAAUAUUUUGGCUGUGGAACUUCAAACCAGGUCCCAAAUCAUGAAUGACAUGGAGAUUCGAAACAGUGAGCUGCAUGAGGAAAUUCAGAAAGCCAAGGUUGAGAACAAAGGUCUCGGUGAGCUCAAUCUCUCUUCGGUAGCAUCAAUUAAAAGUUUGCAAGAGGAUGUCUCAAGUUUAAAAGAGACAAUACGAAAACUUGAAGCAGAAGUUGAACUAAGAGUGGACCAGAGAAAUGCUUUGCAGCAAGAGAUACAUUGUCUUAAAGAGGAACUAAGUCAAGCAGGGGAGAAACACCAGUUGGUUGGAACAUCAGUCAAAGAGUUUCAGGAGGAAAAUUCAACCUUCAAAGAAUGCUAUGAGAUAGCAAAAAGCGAAAAGAUGGCUCUUCUAGAGAAGCUGGAAACAAUGGAAAAGCUUGUUCAGAAAAACCUUGUGUUGGAAAACUCUAUAUCAGAUUUGGAUUUCGAGUUGGAAGCAAUCAAAGGAAAGUUGAAAAUGUUGAAGGAAGCUUGUCAGUCACUCUCAGAAGAGAAAUCAGGUCUUAUUUCUGAAAACCAACACACGGCCAUUGAGAACAUCGUCCUUGUUGAAUUUCUACGACAACUUAAUUCGGAAGCAGUUGGUAUUGCAAUAGAAAAGAAGAACCUUGAGGGAAAGGCAAGGAAAACUGGUGAUAAGCUAAUAGAUGCAGAAACUGAGAAUUUGCAGUUGAAGAGAAACCUGGUUUCCAUCAGAUCAGCCAAAGAUCAUUUGGAAGACGAAAUUGCUAAUGUGAAUGAUCAGUUACGUGAGAAGGAAAAGGAACUUGAAGAAAUCAAAGCGGAGAAAGAAAAGUUGAAUGAAGAGGUUUUUAAAGAGAGGAGUGAAGCUGAAUUGUGGGAGUCUCAAGCUGCAACAUUCUUCUGCGAUAAGCAGAUCUCGGCUGUACAUGAAACAAUGAUCAAAGCGAUGACUCAUGAGCUAGCUGAAGCCUGCAACAAUGUUGAAAGUAGAAGCGCAUCAAAAGACGUGGGCAUUGAAAAGCUUAAGAGAAGCCAAGCCUUUGUCUUGUUGAAUGAAAGCAUUAAAUCCUUGGAGGAUUAUGUUUUCGUACGCCGUGAAUCUAAGGAUGAACUUUCAAAGGACGCUGAGGAUGAAUGUCCCAAGUUGGAAGAUAUGUCUUUGAGAAUCAAAGCUAUUGGAGAGGCAAUAAUGGAAAAGGAAAAACUUUUGAUGCUUGAGAACUCGAAUGCUUACUCUAUGCUCGAGACAGCAUUGAAACAAGUCAAGGAAUCAAAAAACGGCGGAGGUAGAAGCAUGAGGAAGCAGGAAGGAGGAAGUGGCAAAAUGCGGAAGCCGAGUCACGAGAUCGAGAUAAUAACGAAAGAUAUCGUGCUUGAUCAAACAUCUGAUGGAUCAUCAUAUGAGAUGACAAGUAAGAAAGGCGCUUUGGAGUUUGAUGGUCAGAGUUUUUUUGAGCUAAAGCCGGUGAAGACUCGAAAGACAGAAACUCCGGUUAAAGCCAAAGGUAAAUCUCUGUCUGAGGAGUCAUUGGUUGUCGAUAAGUUAGAGAUUUUCGAUGGAUUCAUGGAUCCGAGCAGAGAAGUAAACAAGAGGAAAGUUCUACAAAGACUUGCUUCGGAUUUACAGAAGCUGGAGAAUCUUCGGAUCACUGUAGAAGAUUUGAAAAACAAAGUGGAAACAGAGGAGAAGGACAAGAAGAAAGCAGGAGGAGACGAGUAUGAAACGAUCAAAGGACAGCUCGAAGAAGCAGAGGAAGCGAUAGAGAAACUGUUUAACGUCAACCGAAAUCUGACCACUAAAGCCGAAUCAGAGGAGGAGAGUAAUCGAAGUAGGAGAAUCUCGGAGCAGGCGAGAAGAGGAUCAGAGAAGAUUGGGAGGUUACAGUUGGAGAUACAGAAGGUUCAGUUUCUGCUGAUGAAACUUGAAGGAGAGAGAGAGAAUCGAGCUAGGUCGAAAAUUUCAGAUACCAAAUCGAAAGUUCUUCUUCGGGAUUAUAUCUAUGGUGGAACGAGAAGCGUAUCGAUGAAGAAGACGACAAAGAAGCGGCCUACAUUUUGUGGUUGCGUUCAGCAGCCGCGGUCUCCAUAAACUUGCUGAAAAUUGAAACUGUUGUUACUUCACUCGCAAGUAACCAAAGUUUAAUAUAACAGCGUUUGCGAUUGUGUUUUUGAACGCAAACGCAGUAGUAGUAGUGCGUUUAAUUAAAUAACAGACUAGCUUUUCAAUGCUUUAUUCUUGAUGAAAAUAUAACCGUCAUUUUAGGAAACGAGAGACUCCAAUUAUUGGUUUUUGUAUUUUAAUGAAUUUAGAAAAAAAAAAUCAAAUCCACUCAAAUAUCAAGAUUAAGUGGG